AUGGAGGCGCUCGGGGGCGCCGCGCUGGGGUCCGUGAUAGCCGCACAGGUGAUCUCCGCGCCCUAUAGCAAGGUAGAAGAGAGCUUUACGCUGCAGGCCGUGCAUGAUAUUUGGACGUACGGCGUGUCGAAAGGGGGACUGGCCCAAUACGACCACGCCACGUUUCCAGGCGCCGUGCCGCGCUCUUUUGUAGGGCCGCUCCUCCUGGCAGGCGCCGCAUCGCCGGGGAUGGCGGCGGCUCGGGCGAUGGGGGCAUCUUCGGGGGACAUGCAGGUCGCCGUGCGCCUCGCGCUCGCGCUCGCGGCAUGGGCAGCGCUCGUGGGAUUUGCGCGCUGCGUCUUUCCCCGCGCACGGGCCGUCCGCACGACCUUUUAUUGGAUCUGCGCGGGGGAGUUUCACCUGACGUUUUGGACGGCGCGCACGACGCCGAAUAGCAUCGCGUUUCCGCUCGUCACCACAGCGCUCGGAUGCGUGUUGGGCGGCCAGCGCGUUCGCAGCGGACUGGCGGUGCUCGCGGCGACCGCGCUGACGCUCCGCCUCGAAGUGCUCGGCCUCGCGGCGCCGGCGUACCUGUGGGCGUGGCUGAGCGGGCGUAUUACGCUCGCGACCGCGCUCGCAGUCGGCGUCGCGAGCUGCGCUGCAGGCGCACUGCUGUCCCUCAUCGUUGACUCGUACUUUUGGCACGUCGUCAGCGCCGAGCAGCUGCCGGGCCUCGGUCGCUACGUCUGGCCCGAAGUCCAGGCGCUCUUUUUUAAUGUCGUCGACGGGCACAGCGCGGAGUGGGGCACCUCGCCGUGGUACGCGUACUGGGCGAUCGAGCUGCCCCGGCUCCUGGCUACGACGCUGCCUAUGCUGGCCGCAGGCGCCGUGUCGCGUGGAUGGAAUCGCGCCGGCGUGCUGUUUGUGCCGGCGUUCCACACGUCGCUCCUCAGCGCACUAGCGCAUAAAGAGUGGCGCUUUGUCCUGUACACCCUUCCUCUCUGGAACGCCGCGAGCGCCGUCGGCGCACAGACCAUCGUCCGCCGCGUGCGCCCAUUCGUCGGGCGCGCCGCAUGGCUGAUUCCAGCGGCAUUCGUGCUGGCAUCGUUUGCGCUCUCCGCCUUGUAUACCCAUGUCAGCAUGCACAACUACCCCGGCGGAGCGGCGCUGCAUGCGGCGCACACGCGCAUUGCCUCGGACCCGGUCCGCCUGCACAUCGACACGCUAUCGGCCAUGACGGGCGUCUCGCUCUUCCAGAGCACGCACCUCGCGCGCCCGGCCGCAUCGUGGGUGCCGAGCAGGACCCCGGCGUGGACGUACGACAAGACCGAAGGGAUUGCCAAGGACGCGACCGACGCCUGGUGCCAGUACACGCACCUCGUCACCGAGUACCCCUGCUCGUGGGCGGGCGACGCAUUCGCGCCGCUCGGCGAGCCGAUCGACGGCCUCGCGGGCGUGCAGCGCAAGGCCCCGAAAGCGUACCUCGCCGACCUCGUCCGUCUUCCUCGAGCGCGCUCGCUGGCGGACGCGUGGCAUGCGCUCCUCCCCGUCGUGGUGCGUACGGCGCCUGCGCUCUAUGUGUGCCAACGUGCGGCAUGCCCUUAG